AUGGCCUCUCCUCGAGAUUAUAGUCGAAUAAUUCAUUCUCCCUCUUUCACCUUCCUCGUCGGGCCAAAACACACCAAGCUGACCAUUCAGUCAGGGCUGGCCCAGCAUGUCUCGAGGCCGAUGCAUAAUCUGAUGAACGGGCUUACGAGAGAGUCGAAGGAUCGCAUCGCUGUGCUCGAAGAUGAGGAUGUCGAGACCUUUGUGGCAUUCUGCGAGUAUGCAUAUACAGGCGAUUACACUGUGCCAUCUAGAUACAAGGCAAAAGAAAGAGAUAGAGCGGAUGGUGGUGCUGAAACGCUUGCAUCCGGUUCUAUUUCAUCGGCCAUCCCGCCAUCCGCUUUACCAGAGAUUAGUCAAGAGAUUGAGGAGACGGCUGCUGAUCUGAAUACGAACGCUGAUGAAUGUGAAUCUCUGAAGAGAGAGGGAAUAGAGGAACAUGGGCAGAAAGAGGGCGUUGAAAACGCUCUUGAUUACCCGCAGGUCGCAGCAAAGGAGGAAUCGGAUGAAUUGAUACCUCGGUCAGAAUAUACACAACAGGCAGAACACGAAAAGAAGAAGAAAGAAGCAGAUCCGAGCAAAGGAAUGGUUGAAGACCAGCCUGUUGCUCAUUUGACACCACCGAAAACGCCUCCUCUGGGUCGGACGAAUGAUAGUGGUGAGACCUCCCCAGAAGACGCUAGAGAAGCAAGAGACGAUUCGAGGGAAUCCACAGCCAUAGAUACAGCUGUUGGAAACAGCAUGGCACCGGCAUCCGUUUCCAUCGUGGCAGACAAAAGCGAAGAAGAAAAUGCCAAGAAUAGCUCAGACGAGCAAGGAAUGACCCCAAGAGCAGUCAUCGACAUGUCCUUCGCCAAACAGCAUGACUGGGCGCCUCGUGAGCCGGGACUGAGCCUGUGGGACGAAUUUUUGGCCCUCCAGUACACAGAUAGUCCAUCCAAAAGCAACCAAAACAGCCCCUACCCUUCUAGUGAUGCCACAGCUUCCAUUCCAUACCUCACCUUCCAUGCAAAAGUCUACAUUUUCGCUACGCGCUACCUCAUCCCAGCGCUAGCACAACUUUGUCUUCAAAAGCUGCACAGAGAUCUACUUCUUCUGCCACUAUCAGACGCAGACUUGACAGAUUCCACUUGGAAGACACAGAGUAUAUCCGGUGGGUUGGCCGCACGCAAUGCCCAGGUAGUCCUGAAAUUGUUGCAUUAUGUCUACGCGCAAACUACCCGUCUCGAACCCAUCUCACCCACAUCUGCCACGCAGCUGCGAGACAAUGAGCUGCGCAAACUGGUCGUGCAUUACGCUGCCUGCAAGAUGAGGGAGCUGGCGCAUUGUUCCUCGGCGGGAGAUAGUGUCAGAGCGACACCGAUGAGGCCGGUGGAUGCUAGAGAUAAAACUGGGAGAGACUUUGUUCCAAUGACUCUCAGAGAACUGUUGGAUUCGACGAGGGAAUUAGGCUCUGAUCUUCUUUAUCGAAUGAUGUGA